UCCUUGGGUCGAAGUUGCAACUUUUCGAUAAUCAUGCCAAUCAGACCUAAGGAUGGAGCUCAAGGCCAAACGGCAACGUGCAGUUGGGAUCAAGUAUAGUAAGAAUGGGUGCCGGACAUGUCGGAUUCGAAGAGUGAAGUGUGAUGAGACUAGACCUGAUUGCAAUUCCUGCACGUCCACUGGUCGUACUUGCGAUGGAUACAAAGAUGAUCCCUCCAGGAAACGUGGAAGUGCUUUACAACGACCGCUCCUUCCAGCUCCGACUUCGCCCUUUGCAUUGACUGCCGUUUCACGACAACCCUCAACUAUCAUUUUUAGGAGGACGCAAGAGGAUCACUUUUCGUUCCGAUUCUUCACGGAACAUGUCGUUCCUGGAUGGAAACUUCUAUCCCCGAAUCACGAAUGGAUCGACCUCUCCCUUCAGCUUGCCGCGAUUGAGCCUUGCAUCUACUUUGCCAUUGCUGCUUGUGGCAGCGUCGUUUGUGCACGUCUUGAGAAGCCUUACCAUUGUUACUUCACGCCGCCCUCGCCAGUCAAGAUGAAAAGAAAUUUGAGCCAGUAUUGUCAAGCCACGUCUGCUCUGCAGAAGUACAUCGAUCGAGCCGUGCGUGGCAAGGAAGCUAUUGAGGUGGUGCUGAUUGCUUGUCUCAUGUUUGUUGCGUAUGAGACUUGCCAAGAUGAGAACGCAUUGGCGAUCCAGCAUCUCAAGAUGGGCAAGAGAGCUAUCGAGGACUGUAGGGGUGCAAAGUUGAGAUUCUCCACCAAGAAGGUGGAAAGUGACAUCGUUGAUGCUUUUGACUGGAUGGGAGCGCAGUCUGUCGAACACGGAAUUCAAAGACUGAGUUGUAAGGGAAACAGCGGCAUGGGGUCUGAUCUGUCGGUGUACGACUCUUUGGAAAGAGCUAAGCGGGCGCUCGAGGAUCUUGCUGCUAUUACUUCGAGUUGGAGGACCGAUUUGCUUGCAUCGGCUGCAGAGUAUCUCAUGACAACAGUCGGCUGCUCUGAUCAACGAUCCGCGAUCACAGAGUGUAUCAAGCAUUGCGUCUGUCGCUCCAUGCCACUGUCAACAAGCCACCCUCUGCUGCUGCAACAGACUCGGCUCCUCGAGGCACACGAAGCCUGGCUACAGGGGUUAACAGAGUUCGAACAGACCACACCAGACCGCCGGCCACUGAUUCACAUGCAGAUCCAACAUUUCUACUCCUUUUUCAUCCUCUGCACCGCCAGGUACACGCAAUCAAGCCAGUAUAAUCACUUCAACGAUCAAGCAUCUGCUGUACUUGAUCUUGUGGAAGAGUUCAUCACUACUACCUCGGCCUAUACCGCCAAAGCUGGGCCAACAUUACCCGCACUCAGCAAGGAUGCGCUAUACCCAUACACACCUCUACCACAAGAACCAGAGCAAUGUUUCGCCCUUGAGUACGCCAUUUUACCCACCUUACUUGCGAUUUGCUUCAAGAUACAGCACUCUGCAAUGAGGCACCGAGCACUACAACUUCUACGCGUGGCAAACCGUCGGGAAGCCGGGCAAUGGAGCGGAGAGUUGUAUCAUUAUGCCGAUGCCAUCAUCGCAUUAGAGCAAUCGAAGGCCGGAGCUGAUGUUUUUCAAGACGCCGGUCUACUGGAGGUGGUCAUUGAAGACGCUGGUUUUUUGCAAGUCAGCCUGGUGUGCGGAAGAUUCAGCCAUGAGACGGAUGGCAGCUUGGAAGUUUUGGAGUACAUGGGAGCUGGCUUGCCUCCUUUGCGGCUGCAGCUUGCUGGCAGAAGUGUCUUCUUUUUCUGACCCUUGCUCUCCCACUGUCACGACGGAAAGCGAUUUUGGUCAUUUGGAUGCUCAAUCGCUUUCAUGCGAGACCUUCAUCUAGUGAGAGUGACCUGGUAGCGAUUUUUUCCGGAUGUGUUAUCUCAACUCAGAAUCCAUGCGAAUUUCAAUACAACAUAUCUGAUAUGCACUGACUGGAGAAGGGAAGAACAUAAUCAAGCUCCAGCCACAU